AUGGGGCUCUUCUCCGCGGCCGCCUUCUUCAUCUGCCUCAGGGAGUCCCUGGAGGCAUGCAUCAUCGUGGGCAUCAUGCUCGCGUACACCCGCAAGACGGGGUUCCAGCGGUAUAACAAGUGGAUCUGGUGGGGCACGGGGUCGGCGAUCGCGGCCUCGAUCGCGCUCGGGCUGGGCUUCGGCAUCGCGAAGUGGGUUGACGACGACGACAUCUUCGCGGGCCGCACGCGGUACAUUUUCGAGGGCGUCGUCUCGCUGCUCGCGGCGGGCCUGCUCACGUGGAUGAUUUUGUGGACGACGAUGAUGGGGCACAAGCUGCAGCAGGACAUCGAGGACAAGCUCGAGGCCGCGAUCGAGUCCGGGAAGGAGUGGAAGCUCUUCCUCCUGCCCUUCGCGCAGGUGUUCCGCGAGGGCGUGGAGACGGUGGUGUUCAUCCUCGGCGUCGAGUCCAACGACGGCGCCGAGUCGAUCCCCAUCCCGGGCGUCCUCGGCAUCGUGAUCGCGCUCAUCGUGUCGGUCGGCGUCUUCCGCGGCUCCCUGAAGCUCGACAUCGGCAAGUUCCUGCGCUGGACGUCGGUCGUCCUCGUGUUUUUCGCGGCGGGCAUCGCCUCGUACGGCAUCCACGAGCUGGCCGAGGCCAACUGGUUCGGGUCGUACAAGGACUUCGACAACGGCGGCUCGAAGUCGAAGCCGGACCUGGAGCGCUCGUGGACGGGCCAGACGCUGUGGUCGACCAAGAACAUCCUGCACGACAAGGACAACGAGGUCGGCGGGCUGAUGCGCGCGCUGGUGGGGUACCAGGACACGCCGACGUUCAUGGAGAUCUGGAUCUACGCGCUGUACUGGGUGCUGCUCCUCGGCGCGUUCCACUACCUCUCGGUCAAGGUCAAGAGCUUCACGCGCGAGCACCGCAACCAGCACUUCUUCGCCGCCAAGAUCAUGACGCCGAUCGCCUUCUUCUGGGGCUUCAUCCAGUUCAUCUGGGCCUGCUCCGUCGACUACCACCCCUGGAACGCCUUCCUCGUCUCGAUCUUCGGCAUGAUCUUCUACGGCGCGGGCACCCUGGCGCUCUACAACGCCUGCGGCCGCUUCCGCCUCCCCGCCGCGUGGACGUACUUCGUCGGGUGCAUCGUGUGGCACGUGUUCGUCCUGAUCAUCGUGCUCGUCCAGCUCGACUGCAACGGCAAGAACAAGUGCGGCGGCUUCAAGGACGGCUUCUUCUACCAGCUCUUCUGGUUCAACUCGGACUACUUCCGCGGCGACGCCGGCCUGCGCCAGAAGGGCUACUGGCACGCGGGCGCCAUGCUCACCAUGGUCUGGGCCAUCAACCUGUUCGGCGGCCUCUUCCACGGCCUGUGGGGCUACCACCUCAUCGAGGCCAUCAAGGAGAACUCGCUCGACGAGGGGCCCGUCGCGACCAAGGCCAAGUGGGUCAGCGGCGACGACGUGAGCACGGACAAGGAGGACGGCCGGGACACGCCGCCGAACGUCUCCGAGGAGGCCGCGCGGGACACCACCCACGUCUGA